CAUGAUUAGGUCGCUAACGAGAGACCUCGACCUAAAUAUUGACGUUAUUGGGUAUAUGAAAAUCAGACCAUUUUUAAAGACCUCAGUUGAUUGAAAAAGAGCUCCGAGGAUGGGGGCACAGUCACAGUUGCAGUUUUUGAGCAUUUUGGCUUUGUGCUUAAUCUUUGCACAAGUUGAUGCAAGACCUGAUGCAAAAACACGACCUAAUGUCUUGAUGUUAUUCGGAGAUGAUUUAGGACACGGAGACGUCAGCUGCUAUGGAAAAACCAAAGUCCCGACACCAAAUAUUGAUAAGCUUGCCAAGGAGGGGCUGCGGUUCGAGAGAAUGUAUUCCCAGCACAUGUGCACACCCAGCAGAUCUGCUUUGAUGACAGGGAGGCUCCCCUCGAGGAACGGCAUGAUCCAAGGAUAUUAUGACAUUCCAGUCCUUCUGAGCAUGGCACAGCCAUCCGGUAUCGCCGACCCAAAGAAGGAACCCAACCUGGCCUCAACACUACAGUCGCUCAACUACAAGACCUCACUCGUUGGGAAGUGGCAUCUGGGAUUUGCUCACAAGGGGACACAAGGACCAAUCGCCAAAGGAUUUGACGAGUUUUAUGGGAUCCUCUUGACUCACAUGGAAUCAUGUAGCAGUUACGAUGAGUGGGACGAUGCGAAAUAUAGUAACUUUUUCAUCUAUAAACGGCGUUACAAAUUUGCUCUUCUCGGUUUGAUCAUUCUUGUUCUUCGUCUGACAGUUUUUGGUAACAGAGGUCUUGUGGUUAUGCUGUCGUUAGUAGCUCUGUUGGUGCUUUAUUUGCGGGUUUACUUUUUCUUCAGUUUGACUUCUACGCAUUCUUGUAUGUGGCUUAAUGGGACAGAAGUUGUAGAACAACCAUACAAGGAUCGUGACGCUACGAUUCGCAUAACAGACGAAUCAAUCAAAUUCUUAAAGCGAGCUAAAGCAGCAGAUCCAAAAAACAAGCAACCGUUUUUCCUGAGUGUUAACUAUAUGACACCCCAUCAGACACCGAUUGUUUCCAAAUAUCACUGGGGAAAAAGUGGGCAUGGGUUGUAUUCUGAUUGUAUAAUGGAGUUGGAUUGGAGUGUUGGCAAAAUCAUGGCUACCCUAAAAGAACAAGGUUAUGAUAAUAACACUCUUAUCUAUUUCACAUCAGAUAACGGUCCUACUAAAUAUAACAGUUACACAAAUCAAGUAUUGCCUGAAACAAAUGGGGGUUCAGCUGGGUCGGUGAAGAACAGCAAAGGGGAGGAUGCACCACUCAGAGGCUGGAAGGGAACAAACUUUGAAGGGGGUCUAAGGGUCCCGAGUAUAAUGCGCUGGCUAGAUGUCAUUGAACAAGGUCAGGUUUCUGAAGCUGUCACAUCCCAAAUGGACUUUUUCCCAACAGUUUUGGAAAUUGUAGGCCUAGAAGACAGAAUAGAAAAGCAACGGAUGGAUGGCAAAUCUUUACUGAAACAUCUAAAGAAUCAGAACAGCUUCCCAACACAUCAUGAUUUCCUCUUCCACUACUGCGAUACCCAAACAGUUGGUGCCAUCACAUACUACAACUACAAACUACACUUUUUCGAGGGUGCCCAUAACUACACUUGUCGGGGAAUUACCUAUGAUAGUCCCAAACUAUACAAGUUAGACGACGAUCCAGGUGAGCUUAACCCACUCUCUUUAGACGACCACAAAGACGUAAUCAAUAAAAUGAAAGAAGGUUUAGAAAAACAUCAAAAAACAAUGGAAACAGAUUCAGUGUAUUUUUCCCAGUUUAAUGAUCAACCAAGACCCUGGGAUUUCCCCUGUGAAAACUUCCCGGCCUGUACGAGGGAAUCAAAAAUUAAAGAUGAUUUCACAGGACUAGUCGAUGAAUUGCUCUAAAGGUCAACAGUGCAGUUUUGUUAGGUCACGUCAAGAAGUAUUCUUUGUAACAUUAAAACGAGGAAUUACUGCAAGUGAUUGAAGUCUAGCAGUUGCACAAUGGGUAUUGUACAUGUAAGUCCUCAUAAUUCACCUGAGUGUCUUAUGUUCUCACAACCUUCACGUCACACUGUUUGUAAAUAACACUUCUAUACUUCUAAAAACUUUUAUAAUCAUAGUAUAUGCCAAUGAAUUUCUGACAGAUGAGUGCUUAGUUGAUUACUGUAAAUUUCUCUGAUUAUACUCAAUAAAACUUGGUAAAGUAGA